AUGUGGUGGCGGGUCAAGGCCGUAUCCCACCGAGCUAUAAUACAAGCUGGCGCUGAGUCACGAGUGCAAAAUUGUGUGGAUGCGAGAGAGCCCGAGUGCAUCGAACUCAAUGACCGUUGCAGCUGCAAAGCUGGUGAUGGUAGGGAGAAGAGGAGGAGUGUGCUCCUCUGUUUGGUGGCUGUUAAAAACUCCUCUCACUCGCCAGCUUUUGUACGUCACACUUAUACAGAGACGGCUAUCUCGUCGCCUGUCGCCUCGCUCUUGGUUGGUUACGGCUGCAUUCCGCGUGCAUCAACCUCGGGGACUUCAAGUCCACCCUCGGAAAAAUACAAACUUUGAACGUCUCUGCCGAGGUAGGAUGCAAAGUG